UACGGUUUCGCCCAAACACAUAGUUGCUCAUCUACUAUUCACUUAUCUAAUGGCAAAUUGCAUGCAUGGUGCUGGUUGGUGUUAACCGCAAGUUUCGGCGAUUCCCCUAAGCAAUUUCGACCGCACCACCUACAGCUAUACCAGCACACAUGUACGUAACGCGUGGCACGAACACCUUCCGUCCCGGGGUUGAUGUUGCGGCGCCGCCCUGUGGACCCUUGGGGCCAACAAGCCUUGCAUUUCCACAAUUCAAGCAAGCCCCAGCUCCGGGCCGCAACGCCCUACCUCAAACGCGAUCAAACAAGCCUCUAGCUGCUGGAAUUCCAGCUUCCAAUGGCAGUUCCGACGCCAACACCGGAUCUAGUGGCUGGGGCGCCUCGCUAGCUGCCCGCGCCCGCAAGGGAAGAGCCGCCCAGCCAAAGCAGCCGCAGCCGCUCGAAACCGUGGAGCCCACCUCCUCCAUCUCCGCAGCACAGCAAGCAGCUGGCGUACCAGGAGCCCCGGUCAUCGCCGUACAGCCCUUGACCUCCUCCUCCCGUCCCGCCUCCGCCUCCGCCAAGCGUCAGGCCAGCCCUCCUCAUCAACCCCAGCAACCACCGCCUCCUCCCGUUACCUUCAAGAGCCCCGCUGCCCCCCCUCCCCCUCCCGUCACCUUCUCCACCCCUACCGCUUCCACCGGCAGCCGACCCACAUCAUCGCCACCAGGCCCAGGUCCGCUGCCCGGCUUUCCGCCCGCACCUCCCAGCCGCUCCCCGCGCCCCUUCUCCGGCCAGCCGGCCCCUGCCACCGCCGCAACUCCCAACACCGCCUUCCCCGCAUGGAGUCCCCGCCAGUCGGGUCCGGUGCAGCAGCAGCCCCGGCUGCGGUCCAUGUCGGCCUCCUCAAAGGCGACCGCCGCCGCAGCAGCGGCAGCCGCAGCGGCUGCAGCAGCUGCUGUCGCCGCUCGUUCGGCGGGUACGGAGCCCCAGCCAGCGAAGAAGCCGGCUGCUGCUGUUGCUCCAGGUCCCGUCAAGUCCGACGCUGCUGCAGCCCCUCCUCCGUCGCCCUCCUCAGCCACUCGUACCGCUAGCAGCAGCAGUAGCAGUACCCCCAAUCCAACGUCAGCUGCGGCUUCAAAAGCCCCCGCCCCUGCCGCCGCCGCAGCAACCGGCACAGCAGCGCGCUCCUCCAGCGAUUCCCUGCCGCUGGAGGUAUCUUUCAAUGAGGUCAUGGGCCGCGGUCGGAGGAGUCGCGAAGCCGCCGCCGCAGCUGCCGAGGAGGAUGCGGCAACCGAGCAGCGACGGCUGCGGCAGCUGCAGGAGGGAGGCGACGUGGUGUACGACUACACGUGGCGCCCGGAUCCGGAACUGGACGAGAUUGAGGGCGAGGAGGCGGAACGCGAGCGGGAGCGCGAGCGGGAGGAGCGGGAGCGUAAGAAGGGUCCCGAAAGGAGGCAGCGGGAGCGGGAGGAGGCGGCGGAGGCGGCGGUACGGCGGGCGUAUGGCAAGGGGGCGCCUGCGCCGCCGCCGUACGUUGGGCCCGUAAAGGCGGAUCGCAUUGGCGACAAGGGGUUUGGGCUGGUGGUGACUGAGGAGGUGGCGCCGGGGCGGCUGCUGCUGCUGGCGCGGCCGGCACUGCUGCAGCAAGGGGCGCCGGGGGAGUCGCCCGAUAUGCGCCAGCUGGUGGCCUCCGCGCUGCGACUGCUGCGGGCAGCCGACGGCAUCACCACCCCCCCCACCCCUGACACCCCCUCCUCCACCUCUUCAACACAGCACCCGCAGCAGCAGCAGCAGCAGCAGCAGGACGCAGCGGACGGUGCCGCGCUGGCCGCCCUCUUCUGGGGCCGCCGCCGCGGUCCCGCGUCCCGCCCCCCCGCCGACCUAGCCACCUGGCGCGACCCCACACGCUUUGCCGCCACUGCCGCCACUCCCACCGCUCCCGCUGCUGCUCCUGCCACAACGGCAGCAGCAGCAACCGAAGCAAGUGGCGCAAGCAGCCCCUCCGCAUCCUCGUCUUCCUCCUCCGCCACCUCCUCCUCCUCCUCCAGCUGGCCCAUGGGUCGGUUGCUGGGUCUGCUGCGCUACAACAUGAUUGCGCAGGACUGCCCCGACGGCGCGCUGGCUGCGGCGCGAGGCGAGGGGCCGGGGGGCAGCGCCGCGGGCGUGUGGCCGGAGCUGGCACUCAGCAACCACUCGUGCGCACCCAAUGCGGUGGCGGUGCGGGUGGGGGAGGCCAUGAUGGUUCGCGCCUCCCGCCGUAUCCCAGCGGGCGGCGAGGUGUUGCUUAACUGGCUUGGAGGGUCCCCCGGGGUGCUGCAGCCGCUGCGGGGCAGGCAGCAGCAGCUGCGAACACUGUACAGCUUCUCAUGCAGGUGUUCUCGUUGCUCCCUGGAGGCCAGCGAGGGCGGCUCCGUGCCCUUCCUGCUGGCGGAUGCGGAGCGGGACAGCCAGCAGGCGCUGCAGGAGAUUGUGACGGCGCUAGAGGAGGAGGACCUGGCGGGCCUUAUGACCGCCAUCGAUCCCCUGCAAGAGGUCGUACGAACUCUAACCGCCGCCGUACACGAGCUGGGCGAGCAGGUGGAUCUCACGGGCGGUCGCGAGGGAGCGCUUGCCGUACAAGCAGCCGAGGAAGACGACCGGUCGCAGCAAGCGACGGAAGAGGGGGAGGAGGAGGGUGCUGGUCGCGGCGGUGGCAAGGAUGGAGAUCUAGCGAGAGCGGCUCAGAAGAUGAUGUCCGGUCAGCGGAUGGGUCCUGAUGAUGAUGAGGAUGAUGAUGAGGAGGAGGAGGAGGAGGGUGCGGCAAGAGGUAGGCAGGCAGGACGCAGCGGCAGCAGCGGUG